CGUAUAUUUAUAUAUAUUUAUCUUGUUUUGAUUGCAACAACUCCUUUCGAUAUCUCAGUCAAGCAGCACGAAAUCACGUAGUAAGUAGGUACUUUCCAAUUUCCGCCGUUUCCGGAGUUCCCGGUUCUCGCGGUGCCAUGAAGAAGAAGAAGAAGAAGACGUAUUUCGUCAUACUUCGCAGUAUCAGCAGAAAAAUAGGAUACGAUUGAUAUGACUCGCCACUCGCCAGUUGAGGAUUCGCGACCGAGAGAAAAGGGUUCGCCAUUCAAAGUUGCGAAAAGAUAUCUCUGAGAUCCAACGUCUUUCUGAUCAAGUACUAAGAAAGCAAAGCUAAUAAAUAUGAAGCAAUUUUAUUGCGUUGAUAUAAUGGGCAUUACUUUUAUCGGAAUGUUAUUUUGUGCUGGACUCGCGGAAGCGACAGGUCAAGAUGUGAUAACGUCGACGGAGCAUCCCGCGUUGGAGACUUUCGACAGUGAAUUUAUUAUGAAAGCAUGUGAUAGUAAUUGCGAAUGCAUUAAGUAUAACUGUGGAUGCUGUCAGCAUUUAGAAUGGGACGCAGUCUCAAUGGAUGGGAAGUUAUGCGUAAAUGCAAGUUAUCUAGAGAGGGAUUAUGGGGUUUCACUCACAGUGACAUACAACAACUUCGCGAUUUUUAACGAGACAAUUUCAGCUCGAAACCCACCGCCUAUUUGCUUUGGGGAGGACAUUAUAGAUGCAUUGGAUGCUGAAGUUUGCUUACGUGUUUAUGACAUAGACAUUGACGCCAAUAAGUUUCACGCGUGCUUUGAGAUUUCGGGAAAAAUAAUGAAGCUCACAGUUACUAAAAUAAAAUUAGGAUGUAUCCAGACAAAACUGCGUAACAAGAUAGACUAUAUAGAAAAUCAUUUGCCACCACUGUUUCGUAAAAAGACAGAAAAAAAUGAUAUGUUACCCAGUGUGAUUAUGGUGUAAACAACGUAACUGAAGCACAGAAUCUCUAUAAUUUGUAUAAAAUAGAUAAAAUAAAGUUUUUUCUAUUCUUUAUACUGUGGACGGUCUUUCAGAAUAUAUCAAUAUGAAACGUGC